AUGAUGCAGCAUCAGCCUCAACGAUCCUCUGCAACUCCCCCACAGCGUCCGAAGCGACAACGUGCCGCGCAGGCAUGUGACAGGUGUCGCCUGAAGAAAUAUAAAUGCGAUGAAUUGUAUCCCUGCACUCACUGCAAGAGAAACCAUCUCGAGUGCGUGUAUCAGAGGAAUUACCGGCAGCGCGAAAGCGGCCAGUCAGCCAGCUAUGUAAUCGAACUAGAAACGAAAGUCGAAGAGCUAACUGCAAAGCUGCGCGUGGCGGAGUCGAAACUCAUCUCCCACUAUGCUCAUCAACCGCCAACAGUUGUGACGCGCUCGAGACCCGGACCAGCUCCCCGGGCUAGCAUCGAUGCUACACCUUCGUCUAUGCCGCCGAACGGAACUACUCCAAGGGAGGCUUUACCGUCGCCCUAUGACCCGCAGGAAGAAGCAUGCGACACUGUCGAACACGAAAUCAGCGGGCUGAAUCAUCACACCAACGGGAUCGAGUUUCACGGCAGUUCCUCAUCGGCAGCACUGAUAGGACAUCUUCAAACGACCAGGGAGAAAGACUGCGCCGAAAAACAAUGGGAUUCUCGCGCCCCAGAGGCGGGGUUUUCGCUAAUCUCGACACUGCAUAAUUCCAGUUUCUCGCCGUCUUGCACAGUUGGUUCUGCGCAGUUGGCGCCACUACAGGACCAUAACUACUACUUUGAGCAUGCGCACGCGUUCAUCAAUGGGUACUUUGAGAAUAUCCAUUUCAUUCAUCCGUUGAUCGACAAGGAGGAUUUCUAUUCCCGGGCGCGCGAUCUAUGGUUCAAUAGGACUCGGGAGCCGGAGCCGAGUUUUGUGGCUUUGUACCUCAGUGUACUCUCGUUUGGAGCUUUGGUCCGUGUUUGGGAUGAGAAGACGCUAGGGGGACUGACGCGUGAGAUCAGUUUCUCUAUCGGACGUCCCGACACCCUAGGUAUGGACGAAUAUCACAACCGCGGCCUCCCAGAGCGCGAUGACUCCGAAUACGCCAUUAUACCCUGGAUGGUGGACUUCGCUCAGAUUAUCCGGCGCGUAUCCGUCCGAAUCUACCACUCGCGCAUCACUUUGCAGGAAAAACUGCAGGCCGCUUUAGAUAUCGAGGCAGACCUUCACAAGUGGAUGGCCCGGCUGCCGGACCGGAUUAAACCAGAUACCCUGGGGCACCAGCCGUCGAGCGGCGCAUUGAAAGACCCUAAAUGGGCUCGCAGACAGCGUUUGGUUCUGCAGAUCCGAUACUAUAACGUGAAGAUGCUGCUGUUUCGCCCUUUUUUGAGCUACUUCACUCGCAAACUGCGACACACCCCCACGGAGCCAGACGAAACCAUCGCAAAGUGCCUGGAUGCAGCCACGAAGACAAUCGAGGUCAUAUACGACGUCUUCCGCAUCCACACGUUCUUCCGCUGCUGGUGGUACAACACAACCUACGUCAUGUUCGCGACAUUGACCCUUCUCCUCCCCAUGUCCGAGCUGGGAAUGUGUGCGGAGACAAUCCCGCUAUUACGGUCUGUCGACAUGGCGGUCGAGAUUUUAGAAGCGAUGGACGAGUCCGUCGUCGCGAAAAAGUCCGUCGAAAUCAUCAAGAACUACCUGAAGGACUUCCGCAGCUCGGAACCUCGGCCCGCCCCUGCCAGUGACGAUGGCGAUGAUGCCAGUAUCCACGCUCAUGCAAUGCAUCAACAGGAGGAGCCGCCUGGCUUUGAUAUCCCGGAGUGGGCAUACGGCUUUGGAUUACCCGACUACUCGUUUGAAGGGAUUACGAGGUUGUUUGAUGAUUUGGGUGGGCUUCCGAUGUUGGAUAGCUGA